UCUCUGUAUUUCCGUAUGUAUUUGUUUGUAGCGCUACCCUCAAUCAUUCUGUGCAUGCCCUUUUCUCUCGUAUUAUGUUUGUUCCUGCUGCAAGCAAUCAAUUAAAUUAUGCACAUUUGCGCCACAAAAGAAAGGAAAUCAUGGAGGGACCCGUUGAUUGCGCUCUUUGUUUUCUCAUUUUUUACUCACUCUUUGCUCCUUUUCAUUCCUGUCGGGGAUUUCGGUGCGGGAGAUUUAUCUCUCUAUUUAUGCAUCUAGCUGUAAUGCCAUUUCUCGACUCUUUCUAUAUACGUAAUUAGUGCUGCAUAGACAACUGAAAUUAUGAGUGAUUGAAUACGAAGCGGAGCAUGGAUUGCUGCAAUUAUUUUCUUCUCUUUUUUCCUUUCUUUUCCAUUUCCUUCUUUCCUGGUUCGAAAUGGAGAAGGAAUCUUAUCGUAGACAUCUCCUGAUAUGAGACUAAGGCGUCGCCAAUGUAUUCCUUCCUGCUCUUCCCUUCAAAGGGUUGAUGAGGAUGAGGGAUAUUGGAGGCAAAAAAGCAAGCAUGAAGAGGUGGCAUGGUCGCAUAAUUUUGCUCACGUAAUAUCACAGUCUGUUCAAUGUUUUAGUAAUGCUAUGGUUGGAUCACGAUCAUGGAUAGGAGCACUCCUGAGUCGCACAGGCAAUAGGCGUCAUGUAGACAAGAUUCCUGACUAUACUAUGAGCCCUCUUCAGGAAGAGAGAUUGCAAAGGCUUCAAGAAAGACUGCAAAUACCUUUUGACGAGACUCGCCCAGAUCAUCAAGAGGCUCUUAGAGCAUUGUGGCAUGCUGCUUUUCCAGAUGUUUAUCUUAAAGGCAUGAUCUCUGAGCAAUGGAAAGAUAUGGGUUGGCAAGGUACUAAUCCAUCCACUGAUUUCAGGGGUUGUGGAUUCAUUUCACUUGAGAACUUACUGUUUUUUGCCAGGACAUAUCCGGCUGCUUUUCAUAGGUUAUUGUUCAAGCAAGAUGGUGAGAGAUCCACUUGGGAAUAUCCAUUUGCUGUUGCAGGCAUUAAUGUGUCAUUUAUGUUGAUUCAAAUGUUGGAUCUGUAUUCAGCAAAGCCAAAAUGCAUCCCAGGAGCAAACUUCAUAAAAAUUUUAUCAGAAGAUGAAGAGGCAUUUGAUGUAUUGUAUUGUAUAGCAUUUGAAAUGAUGGAUGCUCAGUGGCUUGCUAUGCAUGCUUCAUACAUGGAAUUUAACGAGGUCUUGAAAGCGACACGGACCCAACUGGAGAGAGAACUUUCUUUAGAUGAUGUUCGUCGGAUUCAAGAUUUACCAGCUUAUAAUCUCUUAUUUCAGUAGCUUCAAAUUUUGGCUAACCCAUCAAAAUCCUCACCAUUUUUACUCCCAAGGCUUCAUAUCCCCUGAUGAAUAUGCCUGCUAAAUGAUUUAACAUGUAUUAUGCCGUUUGGAUAGGCCUUUGGCCAGGGGAAUUUCUGUGUAACCAAAAUAGAUUCUUUAAUAUACUACUUUAGAUAAUGCUUCAUGAGU